UCCUCCUCUUCUAAAGCCGCCGCUGACCACCGGUGCCUCGGUAACCCCCCCUACCCGGCGGCCAUCACCGCCGCGAGCUGGAGGAGGAAGAAGAGCAGUCGCACAAGCCCACCUGCAGCGACUGUUCUCCCCUUCUGCGACACAUCGGUGCGCAACAACGCGCGUGAUGAAUAUAUGUCGCGGUAGUUCACCUUACCUUUUGGAGCCUAGAUAUUUUUUUCAAAAUAUUUUGGAGCCUAGAUGUUAGUUAAACGUGAUACUUAGUAUGGUCCAACGUUAAAGCAGACCUAAGCGUUAAAAACUUAAAAAAACGACUGAAAACACGCUCACAAGUCACAAGCAUACGGUGUCAAAAACAAAAGGUCACAAGCAUACGUAAGUAUGGGCUUGUAAUCUUUUACAGGGCUUGGUCCGUUUGAAGGGCCCGCCCCUUACGAUAAAAGAAAAUAAUGGGCCCCAUUUUCUGGGCCGUGGGUCAGUAUGCUCAGAGCUAGGAAAUUCGGCCCAACAAAACCAUCCCCGGCUCCGGCGAACCACAUCCUCGGAAACGAAUCAGCAAACGGCUGAGCUUCUUGCUUGGCGGUCGACAACGAACUCCGGCCUCAUCCAACUUGCCGUCUCUCUGCCUCAUCACCAACGGGGAGAAAAAAAAAAUCAGCGGAGAUUCAGAUGAGGCUCUAUCUCCGGCAAGCGGCGGCCGCGGCCACGGCCACCAGCUCCCCUCUGGCGGCCACCAUCCGCAAGAGUUCUCCAAGCUCGCUCACCCAUGGCCGGCUCAGCUUCAGCCACACCCACACGUCGCUGCAGACGACGCCGAACCACCGCGGAAACCGACCAGGGUGGGCGGUGCGCGUGCUUCCCCUGACGGAGGAGAACGUGGAGAAGGUGCUGGACGAGGUGCGGCCGAGCCUGAUGGCGGAUGGCGGCAACGUGGCGCUGCACGAGAUCGACGGCCUCGUCGUCGUGCUCAAGCUGCAAGGGGCGUGCGGCUCCUGCCCCAGCUCCACCAUGACGCUCAAGAUGGGCAUCGAGACGCGCCUCCGCGACAAGAUCCCCGACAUCCUCGAGGUCGAGCAGAUCGUCGACACCGAGACCGGCCUCGAGCUCAGCACCGACAACGUCGAGAAGGUGCUUGAUGAGAUCAGACCAUACCUCUCCGGCACCGGAGGUGGAAGCCUCGAGCUGCUCCAGAUCGAUGGAUAUGUCGUCAAGAUUCGAAUCGGUGGACCUGCAGCUGGUGUAAUGACAGUUCGUGUAGCCGUGACACAAAAACUGAGGGAAAAGAUACCUUCAAUCUUGGCUGUUCAGCUCACAGAGUAGAAAACAUGAGGUCAUUUGUGCAUCAAUCAACAGAACGAUGAAUGUUCGAUGCCAGUCUUAUACUUUUGAGUCAUUAGUCUUUACACUGAAAUACAGAACCAUAGCCAAAGAGAAUACAUAAUGUGGCUACUAAGCUAUUUCUGUGGAAAGCUCCUACUUAGAUUAGAAAUCCCCCGGUAAAGCUGCUAUUGCAAGGUAAACUCAUAUUGGCUAAAACGAUUGACAUGUACCAAGAAAUCUUUGACUUAAA